UCCCUGGUAACAGGCUCAGCUGCUGAACUCUGCUCCUGGGGGGACUCUGGGGCCGGGGGGAGGGAGGAGCCAAGGCUGAGGUGUGACACUUCUCGCACCCAUGGGUGCUGCUGCCCCACGUGCUCUGGGAUGGGCAGAUGGGUGGCACCAGGUGUGGGGAGGGGAUUGCCAAUCCUGUCCCGGUGACGCACGAGGAUGUCUCUGGUAUGGCUCUGUGGGAAGGUAGUGGGGGGCUCUGUGGGAAUGGCUCUGUGGGGCUGGGGGGGCUCAGGACUUUACGUGCUGCGGGGUGGGCUCUGGGACGGGGCUGGGUGCAUCCCGUUUUGCUGGGCUGGGGGGAGGUGGGGGAGGUGGUGGGUCCCCAUAGGAUCCCCUACCCCAUAGGAUUCCCCAUGCUGCAGGGGGUCCUCAUGCUGAGUGGGGUCCCCUGCCCUUGGGCUCCAUCUUUCUGGGGUGGGGGCUGCUCACAUCACCUGUUGGUGGGCUUCGUGCAUCCAGAACCGCCCACUCCCUCCGGCUGAGGGUGCUCCAAUGGGUGCCCCAUCCCACUCGCUGCUGGCGUGGCCCUGCUGCGCCUUGGGCUAUUUGCUCUGUGUGGAGCAGCAGCUGCUGGGCAGGACUGGCUGCCUGCACCUCUCCCGGAGUUCUCAGAAAGGAGGCGGAAGUGGACUUGGGAUCAAAAGGUUGCAACAAAGAAAGGGAGGAAGUUGAGCGUAGCAGAGAGGGGGAUGGAACGUGGGCACCUCUGCAUCCAGGCGUAAUUGUGAGUGAUGCUCCCGGGGUGGCUGUGGGACACCUGGAGACCCUGCCCAGGUGGCCCCACGUGUGCUGUGAGGUGGUGAUGCCUUCAGCCUCCGCCGUCGCCAUCAGCACACGGUGCAGCGUGAUCCCAUAAAUGUGGGACAUGCAACCCCAGCUGUGCUCCCUGUCUUGCAGACCCGCUCCCUGUGGCGUUGCGCACUGCGGAAGUGGGCUUUGCUCACGAUGGGGACCCUGGGGCUGUGCUACCUGCUGUCCCCCACCUCGUCCUCGUGGCCUCGCGCAGCCCCCAGCCCCGCACCCACCUCCAUUGCUGCCCCCAGCCCCCUCCCGGCUCUGCCCAGCAUCACCCCGUGCGUUGCCAAUGCUUCAGUUCAGAACAUCUCUGGCUUUGCCAAACUGCCCAAGCAAUCCCAGGACUUCAUGCUCUACCAGCACUGCCGUGCCUUCCCGCAGCUCCUCGACGUCCCCGGCAAAUGCGGGGGUCCCGCAGCCUCCUCCAACAUCUUCCUCCUCCUGGCCAUCAAAUCCUCCCCAGCCAACUACGAGCGGCGCGAGGCGAUCCGGAAGACGUGGGGUCAGCAGAGAACUUUGGACGGGGCGCAGAUCCGACGGCUGUUCCUGCUGGGGGUGGCCCCCGAUGAGCGGGACGUGACCAAACUGAACCGGCUGCUGUGGCACGAGCAGCGCGAGCACCACGACGUGCUGCAGUGGGACUUCAGAGACACUUUCUUCAACCUGACGCUGAAGCUGCUGCUGUUUCACACCUGGCUGCAGGAGCGCUGCCCCGGAGCGCGCUUCGUCUUCAAUGGAGACGAUGAUGUCUUUGUCAACACGGACAACGUGGUGUCCUUUACGCGGGAUGUCCCGAGUGAGCAGCACUUGCUGGCUGGGCAGGUGUUGACUAACACGGGGCCCAUCCGUGAUCCAGCCAGCAAGUACUUUGUGCCGACACAGCUGAUGCCAUCAGAGCUGUACCCGCCGUACUGCAGCGGAGGAGGGGUGCUCAUGUCUGCCUUCACCGCGCGCGCCAUCCAUCACGCGGCGCAGCACGUCGCGCUCUUCCCCAUCGAUGACGUCUACGUGGGGAUGUGCUUGGAGAGAGCCGGGCUGGCACCCAUCUCCCACGAUGGCAUCCGGCCCUGGGGGAUCAACGUGCCCCACUAUUCUGACCCGCUGGACCCCUGUUACUACCGGGAGCUGCUGAUGGUGCACCGCUUUGCGCCCUACGAGAUGGCCAUGAUGUGGCAGGCUGUCCGUGAGCCCCAGCUGCGCUGCGGGAGGAAGGUGCGCAUCUUCUAGGAUGGACCAGGAGGGACAGUGUCACUGCUGCUGCUCGAGGGGUUGUGGGAUGCUGCUGUGGGGCUGAGCUUGGUGGGGUGCUGAGCCUCAGCUCCAGCCUGUGGCUUUACUGCAGAUGUUCUGCCCGGCUCUGCCCCAAAACUGUCAAUCUUGUGACUAGGUGCUCCUCUUAGUGCAAUAAAGGAAUGCAGUCUGGAGAUGAGGGCUCUGUGCCUGCUGCCAUCCCACGGUGCAGAGGGGCUCAGUGGGGAGUGGGAGCUCAGGGUCCACCCACCCCUUGUCCCCCAUGUCUGCUCAUCCACUCCGGGUGGGCAGAGACCUGAGGUCCCCUCUCCAUCCUCAACCACACAAGCAUGAGAUGGGACACCCCA